AGCGUUCACCCGUUAGUGACGCCGAAGCCAGCAAUAGUGGUGUGUGUGUGCUGCUGCUCUGCAGGGUCGUUUCCCUAUUAAAAAUAUAACGCAAACUCACCGACGGAAAUUCAGUAACGAUGGCUGAAGGCGACAACAAAAGCGCAAAUAUGCUAGCUCAGGAAACGGCCCAGCUGGAGGAGCAGCUGCAGGGCUGGGGUGAAGUGAUCCUGGCUGGGGAUCGUGUCCUGCGCUGGGAGAAACCUUGGUUCCCUGGAGCCCUGUUGGGUGCUACCACAGUGCUCUUCCUCCUAAUUUACUACCUGGACCCAUCAGUGCUGACUGGGCUCUCCUGCGCUGUCAUGCUGCUCUGCUUAGCAGACUACCUGGUACCUACCCUCGCACCCAGAGUCUUCGGCUCCAAUAAGUGGACCACCGAGCAGCAGCAGCGUUUCCAUGAGAUCUGCGGUAACCUGGUGAAGACCCAGCGUCGGAUGGUGGGCUGGUGGAAGCGUCUCUGCGCCCUCAAAGAGGAGAAGCCCAAAAUGUACUUUGCCUCAGUGAUCAGCAGCUUGCUGGCAGUGGCCUGGAUUGGACAGCAGGUGCACAACCUGUUCCUCACCUAUCUGAUUGUGAGCUUCCUGCUUCUGCUACCUGGCCUGAACCAGCACGGCGUCAUCACCAAGUACGCUUCCAUGGCCAAGAGGGAGAUCAACAAACUGCUCAAACAGAAGGAGAAGAAGAAUGAGUAGAUGAUGUGUGGAGGUGAAUCUCUGAAGAUGAACCCUGAUGCAAAAUGGAAGGUGGAAGGAAGUUGUUUGAAGAAAAGACAGAGGGGAGCACAAAAGUUAAAAAAAGAGCCUUCUGCUUCCUCAGUCUCUGCCCCAGAGCAAGACACACUUUUUUUUUCCCACACAUUUGAUAAGUUUCAUUUCUCUCUCCCCACAUUUUGACAUUUGAGCCUUGUCACCCAUUUGAUUUUUUUUUUUUUCUUUUGAAUUUAUCUGCCACGCAUGCAGCCACGAUAUGAAGGUUCUGAUAUUGUCACAUGUUCACACAAGGCACUGAAAUGCUCAA